AUGCAGGACCAGAUUGAAGGGCUGAUAAAACAUAUUAAAGCACAAACUCCUGCUAUGGUAGAAGAGUUGGUGCAGAAUACGAAUUCACCCUUUACAGCCGAGGUCAUGGGGCUACCUCUCCCAAGGAAAUUCAAGAUGCUGCAAUUAGAGACAUUCAAUGGCUCCAUGGACCCAUUAGAUCACUUGGAAACAUACAAGUCCCUGAUGCAUCUACAAGCAGUACCAGAUGAAGUAAUGUGCCGGGCAUUCCCAGUUACCCUCAAAGGAAGUGCCCGAGCAAGGUUCAAUAAACUCCCGCUAGGAAGCCUACGUAGCUUUAAAGAGCUUAGCACAAGCUUUGUAAGCUACUUUAUUGCUGGGCAACGCUACGGCAAACCAGCAACAUAUCUCCUAACGGUAAAACGUGCUAAUAAGGCGAUUUUGUACGCCAAGGGACGUUCCGGUAUGUCACCAAGAGUUCAAGUGCCCGGUGGCAUAUGGUCAUUUUCACCGGAGCCUAACGGUGCCACAAGAAGCCUCGGAGAUUGGCCGAAGGUCAAGAUAGAUGAAGCCGACGAUAAUGUGAGCAUAACUGCAUACAUAGCUGGACUAUAUUCAGGACAGUUCCUAUACCUCGUGUCUCAAGAACCACCCAAAACUCUGGCAGAGCUUAUGCUCAGAGCUCAGAAACACAUGAAUGCAGAGGAAGAUGUCUACGCAAGGCAUUCACGUGAUGUUUUUGAUCCCCAAGCAGGGCCAUCACAGGUUGGCGAGUUUCCUCGACCAGACAAAAGAAGAAGAGAAGCCGCCAGCAAAAUGGGAGGCGAACCAAAGAACAAAAAGGUGGACUCGAGGUCCUCCCCAAAACAGGGAGACGGAGGACCGCCCCAAGGUAGAUACAAGCAGUUCACCCCGCUCAUAGCUAUGGCAGAGCAAAUUCUUAGCAACCAACAGGACGAUGACUGUAUUGACCUCAAGCAGCAGAUCAAGGACCUAAUCCAACGAGGUAGACUUCAACAUUUUGUAACGAAGAAGUACCAGAAACCUUUCAGAAAAAAAGAUACAAACAAAGAAGGUAGAGAUAGUACAACACCCAGGUCAGGCCUCGUAGGAGAAAUCAAAGUCAUUCAUGGGGGAUUUGUCGGAGGAGGAGAAUUUAGCAAUGCUAGGAAAGCGCACCUGAGAAAGUUAAGAACUGAGGAACAAUUGGAAGUCAACACAGUUGGCCGUCCCAGCAAAUUUCAAAAAAAGGUGGAAGUACCAAUCAUUUUUUUGGAAGAAGACGUCAAGGGAGUCCAAAUCCCUCAUGAUGACCCCCUGGUUAUAACCAUUGUCGUGGCAAACUACCUCACGAGAAGGGUAUUGAUUGACAGCGGGAGCUCGGCCGACAUCCUCUACCUCCAUGCUUAUGACCAACUGAAGAUUGGGCGAGAAAGGCUAAGGCCAAUGACGUCACCACUAGUUGGAUUUGUAGGUACCCCUACUUACUCAACAAGUCAAAUAGCCCUUCCGGUCACCAUGGGGGAAGAAGGAAGGCAAAUUACAUGUAUGAUAGACUUCAUAGUAGUCGACUUUCCUUCAGCAUACAAUGCAAUACUGGGGAGAACAAGCCUGAAUAAAAUUGGGGCAAUAAUCUCCACGUAUCAUUUGAUGAUAAAGUUCCCAACAUCAGAAGGGAUUGGUUGCGUAAGAGGAGAUAAGAAAGCAGCACGGGAAUGUUACAUCACCUCACUAAGAGGAGCCAACAUCACCAUGAAGAUUGAAAGUCUCGACACACGUGAUGAAGAGAAGCUCCAACAUGGAGAACCAGUGGAAGAGCUCAUAGAAGAGCCCCUAGAACCAGGGCAGCAGGAAAGAACGAUAAGGAUUGGAAUGAGAUUGAGCACAGCGGCACGAGCGGAGCUACUACAAUUCCUAAAAAAGAAUAAAGAAGUUUUUGCAUGGUCCCACGAGGACAUCCCAGGAAUUGACCCAAGGGUCAUAUCCCAUAAAUUGAAUGUGGAUCUCGUCGUGCGCCCUGUCAAAUAG